CAGAAACGGGGGGAGGACGGAGGAACAGUUUACCUUUACAUAAAAAGGCUACAUGAAAAGCUGCGGAUCCAUUGCGACGAAGAGGAAUUAAGCAAGAUGAUAACGCCAUACUUCCUAGAGAAUUUCUGGGGGGAAAAAAACAAUGGAUUCGAUGUUCUCUAUCACAACAUGAAACAUGGCCAAAUCUCCUCCAAGGAACUGACAGAAUUCAUCAGAGAAAGGAGCACCAUCGAGGAGGCCUAUGCAAGGUCGAUGACAAAGCUUGCCAAGUCAGCCGGCAACUUUUCUCAGCUCGGGACAUUUGCACCAGUGUGGGAUGUGUUCAAGACCUCCACUGAGAAGCUGGCCAGUUGUCACCUGGAGCUCGUGAGAAAGCUGCAGGAACUGAUAAAAGAAGUGCAGAAAUAUGUGGACGAGCAAGCCAAGGCACACAAAAAGACGAAGGAGGAGGUGGCGUCCACUCUGGAGGCAGUCCAGAACAUUCAGACCAUCUCGCAGGCGCUGCAGAAGUCCAAGGAAAACUACAACGCCAAAACCGUGGAGCAGGAGCGGCUCCGCAAGGAGGGGGCCACCCAGAGAGACGUGGACAAGGCUGGAGUGAAGGCCAAAAAAGCCACAGAGACCUACAAGUCCUAUGUUGAGAAAUAUGCCACGGCCAAAUCUGAGUUUGAACAGAAAAUGGCAGAAACUGCACAGAAAUUUCAGGACAUUGAAGAAAGCCACAUUCUUCACAUGAAGGAGAUCAUACAGUCGUUUUCGCGGUCUGUUGAUGAGACACACAUUCAGAUAGGAGAGGUCCACGGUGAGUUUGUGCGGAAUAUGGACAACACGUCGGUGGAGGGCUUGAUACAGAAACUGGCCGAGAGCAAAGGAACGGGGAAAGACAGACCAGGACCAAUUGAGUUUGAGGAGUGCAAUGCAGCAAUCGCUACUGAAGGUGCCAAACCCAGGAAGAGGAAAACCUUUGCUAUCCCCGGCCGCAGGAAAGACAAAGACUCUGACUCAAUGGAAUCAGCUGAAGUUGAAGCUGCUAACACUGCCAACGGUGCUCCCCCUGGAUACUAUGGGGCCAUAGAUUUCCAGAAUGCUAACGUUCCCCGAGUGGAUGAAGAGGGAUUCUGUAUUCGACCGGAGGCCAACGAAAACGAUGCCAAAGAGAAUUCCUUCUAUUCGUCGAGUGACUCCGAGGAUGAAGACGAGCCCAGGAAGUUUCACGUGGAGAUCAAACCGGUCCAGCCCAACAACGGCACGCAUCAGAACCGAGCCACCAUCGAUGAGCUCAAGGCCUCUAUCGGAAACAUCAUCUUGUCGCCCUCCACCUCGGGUCAGAUGCGGAGGAACCAGUCUAGUGAUGAACUGACAAAGACCAGAUUGCCAACAUCUUACAAUGACAGACUGACUAAUAAUGACCUGCUGUCUCUGGACCCAUUUAGCCCAACCCUAGCAGGGUCCUCUUCCUCUAUGUCUUCAUCAACGGUUACAGCCCCAAACCGACCUACCACACCGUUGACAGCUGGCACCCUAGUGCCCCCACCGCGCCCCUCCUCGAGACCCAAACUCCCCACUGGGAAGCUCACAGGAAUCAAUGAAAUUGUACGGCCAUUCAGCCCACCCAAGACCUGUAAUGCCAGCCCUCCUCCUGCGGCACCACUGGCCCGGGCAGAGAGCUCCUCCUCCCUGUCCUCUAAUGCCUCAAUCAGUGCCAGCAACACCCCCACUGUUGGGACGUCUCGCGGUCCCAGCCCUGUGACCCUCGCAUCCCAAGAUGCUUUGCCAAUUGCUGUGGCCUUCACCGAGUCAGUUAAUGCUUACUUCAAAGGAGCUGAUCCCACUAAGUGCAUUGUGAAGAUCACAGGGGACAUGACGCUGUCAUUCCCCAUGGGAAUAAUUAAGGUGUUCACCACCAACCCCUCCCCUGCCGUGCUCACGUUCAAGCUGAAAAACAUCAGCAAGCUGGAGCAAGUUCUACCCAACCAGCAGCUACUAUUCAGUGAUCCUUCUCAAAGUGACUCAAAUUCGAAGGACUUCUGGUUUAACAUGCAAGCACUGACCUCGUACCUCAGAAAAGCUUCAGAGCAAAAUCCUGCAGCUUCCUAUUAUAAUGUGGACAUCCUGAAAUAUCAGGUGGUGUCUAAUGGAACCCAGUCCACUCCUCUUAACCUUGCUGUAUACUGGAAGUGUGCGCCGAGCACUACAGACCUGCGGCUAGAUUACCGCUACAACCCAGAAUCCAUGGCCUCCCCCGGAAUGCUCACCAAUGUACAGAUCCUAGUGCCAGUAGAUGGAGGGGUUACUAACGUGCAGUCUCUGCCCAACGUCAUCUGGAAUUCAGAGCAGAAUAAGUUUCUAUGGAAACUGAACGACAUCUCAGAAAAGUCUGAGAAUGAAGGUACAGGGUCUUUGAGGGCUAAAUUUGACCUUUCAAAUGGCCCGUCAACCCCUACAACUCUGGCGGUGCAGUUUAUGAGUGAGGGGAGCACCCUGUCUGGAGUGGAUAUGGAGCUGCAGGGUACUGGAUAUAGACUCUCUCUAAACAAGAAAAGAUUUGCCACAGGGCGCUACAUGGCAGAUUGCUAGACCCGAACACCACUCUGAUUCUGGAGAAGUUCUCGCCCAAAGGAAGGUUGAACACACAGAACUUUAAAACACCUUCUGAACCCACCUGAGUGCAGUUUGUAUAAAUGCGCUUUUACCUGGGAUGCAAGAAUCUCACUAGAGAAAAGCAGCACUGAGUACUGAACACUGUUUAAAAGAAAUUAAAAAAAAAAAAACAAUCUUUCAGGAAAAUGUAUAGAUAUAAGAUUCUAAUUCUCUCUGACCAGUUCACUCUUUGUAAUGUGAGAAACAUGGGUUUUAUGUAAAUCUCUUAUGAUAUGAAGUCAUAAAAAAGAACGAAAAAAAUGUGCACUAACAAUCUUCUGGCCUCUUUUAAGUGUUCCUUUUCUUUUCCUGUCUUGUAUUUUUCAUGGACUCGUAAAAAAUGAAAAUUACAAAUUUCAGGGUGGGAGGGGAUGAGAAGAGAAGAACUAACCCCUGUUUGCCCCCUUUCUCCCCUUCUUUGUAAAUAUAAGCAGACUCGAUUCUCAACUUGUAAAACUUGCUGAUGGUCUUUUUCCUCCUUCUGAUUUCUCUUACUUUCCCAUCUUUUCGAUGACGUGCAAUGGAGCAAUGAAGAAUCUGUCUUAUACAGUAUGAGUUUCUCUCUCACACUUGCAGCACAAGCUCGACUUGAUAUCUUGAAAGCAGUUUUGAAGUGCUUCACACAAAAUGCAAAAAAAAAAAAAAAAAUCUGACCUCAGUGCCUCUUAUUACUGUGGAUAAACAGGCAACCAAAGUGUGUCGUUGUGCUUUUGCCCAAAUUUGGGUUAUCUGAUUUUUCAGUAGCUAUAUCCACGGCAGUUUAGGUCUCUGCCGAUGAUCAACAUAAGCUUUUUAAAACUUCGUGUAAAUUUCUAUUUCCUUAAAAUGAGGCUGGGUUUUUUUUUUGUUGUUGUAAUUAUUAAGCCAGUAAUGUUCUUGGAGAAGAAAGUUCCCAGCUGUCUCGCAUAUGAAGCAUGAAAAAUAUCAGACACUUUUCUUAACAAACAUUCAAGGGAUGCUACCCCUUAAAAGUGUGAGCAUAUAAUUUCAUUUGCAUACAUCAUAGACUAAUUUUUUUUAUAAAUGUUGGCAACACUUUUUGUGCCCGAAUAACGGAGAAACGUGCCUGAAUCUAACUUUUCUCUAAUUGUUUUGUACGCGAAAGCACAGUUAAUGAGAAUAGCACCGACCUUGUGCCAAUUGUGUUUUUAUAGUCCUUUACUGGGAUGUUGAAGGGAAAAUGUGUCCACUUUGUACAACCAAACUGUCUUCCAGUGAAAUGAAUGGCUCAUGCUCUGGCUUUUCCAUUGAACACUUUUAUAGUACUCUCUCCUAUUUCAAAUUCGGCGAUAGCUCUUACCCCUCGUAUGCCGAAGGCAAUGCCGAUGAUUGUAGUUGCAUCACCGGGCCAAUUCCUUAUCAGAAUGCAUUAAAUACCCAACACUAAUUAGCAAGUAACUGUGAGUAGAUGGUAUUGUGACACACUGCCAUCACGUUUAGUCCUUGGUGCUGAUCAUAUCAGUAGUGAGCCUCCCAUUCUGUUCCCACUGUAUGCCGACGCGGAAGUGUCGCUGUUGAAAGUGUUGUGCUUCUCCUUGAUGGAGUGAGAACAAAUUAUUUUGCAGUAUAUUUCAAUACAGUUUAGAAUGCCCUUUAUGCGACCCCCUUAUCACUGUGCAUUAAGCUGGCGGAGGAGCCGUACUGUGCUGUGACUUUAGAUGUGAAACUGACUGCAAAUUGAUUCUAACUUCAAGUCGUCAUGCAGCCAUCUCACCCGUCAGAGAGGACUUGAUGAAAUGUGCGUUCAUGUCCAGAUUCCAUUUAAUCUUGUGUACCUAGACGACUUCAUUUUUACUCACUUUAUGUCCACCUUGAAACUGCUUGCUGGUGAUUUUUCUGAUUGCAAGCUUCAUAUUUGGCAAUCUUGAUCAUGUUUUUUUUUUUAUAUCUUUUCUAAAAUAAUUUUUAUAAUCCUUUUUACAGGUAUCUUCACCUGGCUAAAGACUAGGCCUUUAUUUAUAAUGUAGAGGCAGAUGCUAACCUGAAAUGUCUUGAUGCUCCUCAAUAAUCCAGGUAAGAAACUCAAAGAAGGUUGAAUCAGUUCAUCUGGACACAACGUUUAUUGUCAGAUACGUUUCAUCACUCAACUAAGUGACCGCUUUAGUCUAAACUGACUGCGGGUCAGUGUUGUAGUCGAGUCACUAAACCUCGAGUCCGAGUCGAGUCGAGCCCCCAGUGUUCAAGUCCAAGUCCGAGUCCCCAAAGAAGAGUCCGAGUCAAGUCCCCAUUACCUGAGUCCAAGAGUUCGAGAUGGGCUCCAGUGCUCCACUCUGGCAACGUACAAAAGCCAUUGAUCUUACAUUCUAUUAGAAUGUGGUGAUCAAUGUUACAGUAUUAAUAUAGCUAUCAAUAUCUUAUGCCGAAUUAUUAGGGCCUUUUACAAAAAAACUAACAAAAACAAAAAAACAGUCUUUAUCAAUUAACAAGUCUGAGUCCUCAUCUCCAACUUCCGAGUCUGAAUGCAGUCAGUGCUCGAGUCCAAGUCCGAGUCAUCAGUGCUCAAGUCCAAGUCGAGUCGUGAGUCCUGAAAAUCAGGACUCGAGUCGGACUGAGUCUGAGUCCUGGACUCGAGUACUACAACACUGCUUCAGAUAUCCCACCCUUAUAAACAAUACAGUACAAUACAGUUGCAUAA